CAAACCGACUAUUUUACUUUCUAGGAACUUCACAUGGAGGAAAACAGAGUUAAGGACCUGACGUUUCUUACUGGUCUUGAUAAUCUGGAAGUGUUAUUCCUCAGUGGAAAUCGUAUCGAGCAACUGGUGGAGGUACAGAAACUCGAGAGCUUAUCAAACUUGAGGGAACUCUCAGUCGUGAAUAAUUCUGUGUCACGGAAACUUCUACAUCGGCCUCUGAUCGUCUUCAGACAACCCAACAUUGAGAUACUCGAUGGCAUCCCUGUCACUCCUGAAGAAAGAAUGAAGGCUGAUCUUUACUUCUCUGAUCAGCCCCAGAUGCAGCAGCAGACUAUUAUGGGAAGUAUGGACAACAUGCUGCCAGGCAUUGGAACGAUGAGAGGUGGCAUGCAUAAUGAUAUGCCUUCACCUAGACUCACACAACAGCACUCGCAGCUGUUUCAACAGCAGUCCACUGCGAGCAAUGGUAGAAAUCGUCAGUACCCUGGGGUAUUCAAGAAACAGCAUCGGCCAUAACACAGCUAUAUGCUGCCAGUGACUACAGUUCCAGUAAAAUGAUAUUUGCAGAGGGUUUCUGCAUUAGUUUCCCAUUGUUAGUGAGGUGUAUUUAUUUGCAUUUGUUGUUAAAUAUUUAAAAGUACACAAAUCAUGGCGCACUUCCAUUAGUCCGUUUAUCUGUUGCCACUAACACAUGUUGGUAUUUGUGUAAAUAUGUACACUUAAAUGGGGUGAAGUAACAUGUUUCUAUGAUACUUAAUUAGCAAAUAUACAUAAAAAUCAUGGAGGCUACUAUAUAAAAACGAAGUACACUGCCCUUUUAUUAAAAACGUAAACGCUUGUAUAUAUUUGUUACAAAAUUCAAAAGUUAUUAUAUGUACAUGAAUGUAUAUUCUAAAUACUUGUUUCUAUUUGUAAUUCUUUAGAGUCGUCUUUUGUGUUAAACUAAUGAUAUUGUACAGCUUGUUAAUGUCAAAUGUAAACUGUUGCUUCAUUGUUAAUAAUAUGCACUGCGUUUAUAUUAUUUUUGUGUUUGUGUUUAAGCAUAGUAAAUUUGCAUAAACCAUGUUUAUUGUCUUACUAGAACGCUUUCCAUGAAUAAGAGUAACGAAGCACAAUGUAUUUGCUAUAGGCGAGUAUAUGUGUCAAAAGUGCCCAAAGUUCAAUGUUUUAAUGUGUAAUAAAUCUGUAGCAUUGUAAA